AUGGCCGACGAACGCACACUUUCGCUGCUUCAUUUGCGCAAAACGUUCUCCGAAUACCUGAAAAUACCAAUUUCGGGCUCGCGGAGCAAUGAUCCCUCACGCUUGUUGCCGCUUUUUCACAAGGUUUGCGGAAAAAUAGUCAUAGAAGACAAUUUACUCGAAAUGUCUAUAACUUUGACAUUUUUCCUCGAAAAUGUCAAAGUUAUUCACGUCCACUUGUAAUACUAUAACAGUGAAACUUUAAAAAUUUGCAGGUCAUGUCUAUGUACACUCCCCAACAAUUGUCGGCCGAAUUCAAAGAAGUCGUCCACUUCGCCACAUUUCUGUGCAGUGUUCUAGUCAAAGAAGUCCGGCAGAGGUGAUUUUUAUAUUUUUACCGUAUUCUGAAGAUGAUUUCCGUCAUUUAGAGUCAAAGUUGGCAUUUUUAGCAUUUUUCUGAAAAAAGUUAUGAUUUUUCAAAGCCGAAGUGAAAGUUUUUAUGCUAUUUCACAACCACUGAAAAAGUGCAAUUCUUCAAUUUUUCAGAGCAGCAAGUACAGGAACAAUCGAGGCGGCGCAAUCGAUCGCCGAAUUCCUGCGGCCCGGCACAGAACUCAAAGGAUGGCCCAUUUUGGAGGCCAUCCGAUUUUUGCUCUCCUCGUGAGUAUAAAAAUACGGCUUCACACUUUUCAGAAACGCGCCCGUUUCUAGACUUUCUAUCGCCGUGAAAACAGUAAAAAAUUUCAAAUAAUUUGCAGCGACGACGAAGUGAUGAUAGACGCGGCGUGCAAAGUGUCGCUUCCGUCGACGCUCGUCAAAACGAUCUACCUAUUUUUCGAUCUACCAGUUCAUGAAAACGAGGACGAGAUGCGGACGAACAACGAGCGAUUGCACGAGAUGAUCGCACAGAUUAUGGAGGGACUUUGCAAAUUCAAGUCAGCCUUGUUUCUGGCAUUUUUUCAGGGCUGGGCAAAACGCCGGCCCAUGCUUUUUGAGGCCUGUGCUUUUGACCCAUUUGCAAUGAACCGAUCGGGUCCACGCUUUGCAGGCUUGUUGCAAUUGAAUUGAAGUAUUUUGGGUCCGAGUUUCAGACCGAACGGAUUAUCUGGUCCCGAGAUAUGUAGAUCAGAAGCCGAAAAGACCGCAAUUCUCGCAAAAACACGGACUCUUCGGCCUAGAACCGGUAUAUCUUGGGACCGGAUGAUCCGAUCGGUCUGAAACUCGAACCAAAUAUUCUGCUAUCCAAGUCCAAAAAGUCUGCAAAGUUUGGGCCCGAUCGGAUAGUAGCAAGUGCGUCAAAAAUCGAAAUUUGCAGGGCCGAAAUUUGUCCAUCCCUGAAUUGUCAAAAAAAAAACGUUGUUUUUCAGAUGUGUAAGCGAAGAAUUGGUGCGAAAAGACGAUCUGCUGCUCCUUUUCGUGGGCACCACUUCUCAAGUGUCCGAAACGAAUAAUUGCUGGCGGAAAACGUGUGCCCGACUUUUGGAAGUCAUUGCCGAUAAAGUACGACUAGGAAAAGGCGUUCUUCAAAAAAAAAAUUAAUUUACAGUCCCUCACGAACGCCGUCAUCAAAUAUGUGACGAUCAAAAAAUGCGUUCGAAUUUUUGUGAAAAACAUCGCGUCGGCGGCCGCAAAUUCGCAAUCGGACGCUCAAAAAACGGCAGAAGCCAUCAUUUGUCUCUCCUGUUUCUUAAAGGUGUUUUUCUUCGUAUUUUCAGCAAUGUUUUCAAUUUAUUUUCCAGAAUUCCGCCUAUUUAGCUGACACUUUGCUCGACGAGUUCUACGAAGCUGAAGGCUAUACGGUCGUCAAGGAUUUCUUGUUAAGGUUUGCACUUUUUUGAGGGUGGGGCUCGUUGACUUCGUAGAAUCCAUUUUAAAUACCUCCCUCACUGAUCCGUUAAUUUUCGAUGUGUCUAACACAAAAAUCAGUUUCAGAAACGAGGCGGACAACGAAAUUGUACGAAACAUUCUUCUGAUGGCCAUCUCGUUGGUGAAUAGCGGAAAAUUUGAAAUUACUCCACAGGUGGGUCAAAAAUUGCGUCCGAAAAACGUUCGGAAAUUGCAGUACACGUCUGGUCUCGUCCAACUGCCCUCAUUCCACUUGCCAAUUCCGGCCGGAAACGGUCUCAGCGUGCGAAAUCUCAACGCUUUCUCACUUCUUUAUCACGUUUUUCUGGAGGUUUGAUUUAUCAGAAAAGCUAUCGAAUUUUUAUUGCAUUACAAUUGCAGAGCUCCUCGGAAGCGACGUCGUGCACGGUAAUCGAUAUUCUGCACUCGAUCUACACUUGCGAUCCGGCCAACUAUUUCAUUUUGGACCGAGAAUAUCCGCUUUCGAUUUUCAUCGAUCAACUGGAGAGAAAACCGCACUCGGUGCGCGUGAAACUGCUCGAAUUGAUCGAAUUCGCCGUUUUUCAACUGUCACACAUUCCGUGUCGCGAACUCAUCAGGUACACCAUUUUUUGGCGAUUUUUACAAAUGUUCUCUCAAUUUUAGUCUAUGCGUCCUUUUGAAAACGGAAAUAUCGGCGGGAAAAACGGCAAUGUGCACGAUUAUUGUGCAAAUGUGCUUCAAACUGAUUACGGUCGAUCCGAUCAUCAAGGUUUGUUUCAAUUUUCUUCUGCGUCUGAAACUCAGUCCCAAGAUUCUUCAAUCCAAGACCAAAAAGCCUGCAAAGUUUGGGUUUGCGAGUGGGUCAAAAGUCCGGGCUCUCACUGAAACUUCUCUUCAACGUUUUCCAAUUUCUCCCAAUUUCAGGACGCUUUCCGAGAAGUGGGCCUCCUGGACGCGCUCUGCUUUAUAAUUCGUCGAAUGUACGAGAUGCAGCACUCGGCGCAGAGUUCCCACUCGUUCACGGCCAUUUCGACGUGCUCCCGCGGUCAGGACCAACUCAAAUUGUCGCUUUUGACGACGGAUCUACUCACGAUCAUUAUCAAAAACAAUACGGAAAACGGGAAAUUGUUCACCGACUGUUUUGGAGCCAAACUAUUGAUUGAUAUUAUUUGUGGUGAGUACUAAAAGUCGAGAAAUUUGUCUAAAAGUUGGAGAUUGCAGAAGUGAGCGAAGAAUGGCGCAGUUCCUUGCUACAACUCGUCAAACAGCUUCUGAUUGUGGCGCCCACCGAUCAGUACAUUUUGCACGUUGUCAACGUGAGUUUCAGCCCUCCUUUUCCACUUUUUCCAGUAAAAACCUGUAAAAAGCCAUUUUUUAGACGCUCAACGAUCGGAUACCGAUUGAAAAUUUGGAAGUGAUGUUCAGUUUGCUCAAGGUUAAUUUUUGAAUUUUUACACACUUUUUCUGUUUCACACUUUUUUUUUAUGCUUCAGAAAAAAACAUGAAGGACAGUAAGCAAUCACUGCAGCUAUAGUCUUAUAAGAAUAGUAUUAUCAGCUUCUUGGCUUCAUUUUGAAAAAAUUUCGUUCAUAGCAUGCCUCUAUUUUCAGGCGCUUCUCGGAGUGGUGCGUGAGUCGCACAAAGUACGGAUUCAGUUUCGAAAAUCCGGCGGAUUCGUCGCCCUUUCGGCGCUUUUGCUGGGCCUCGAGAAGCGAUUUCAAGACGUUGCGGCGGCGGACGGGAAAAUACCGAGAGAACAGUGCGAAAUGCUCGAAUUUAUCCAUAUCAUCUUCAAAGUUUUCACGCUGAGCAUGCGAUUCGAACCCUCCAACGCCAAGUAUUUUAGCAGUGAGGUACGACCCGACCCGUUCGGACUCACUCGAACUCUUUCGGCCACCAGCGCCUAAAAAAAAUUAAUUUUUCAGAUCACGUGGAACAGCAUCACCUCCCUGCUCCGGCUCACCUCGAUCUUCACGGAAAACACGCAAAUAUCGAUCGAAGAGCCCGAAUGGAAGAGUCUAAAUUCGGCGGAAAUAUGCGGCGAGCUGGCUGCGUGCCACGAAGUUUUCCGCUUGGACGACAACAUCGAGGCGGGAAAUGUGCCACGUGGCAUGCCGUUCAACGUCUACUUUGGCUGCUACGUCAUCCGCCUCAUUUUCAACAUGGCACUCGACAAUUACGAGAAAAUGACCACCGAUAUUCGGUUCGUUUUGGACUUUUUCCAGAAAUUUUUCAUGGUUAAAGGAGGUGCACGUGGAGAAGAUUGAAGAAUAAUUUGACACAAACGCACAGAUUUUUCUCGAUUUUUUCAGCAGAAAAUUGCCAUUUAUCGAUUUUUUCAAGUGUGUCCGGAGGGAAGAAAUUUUUAAGCGUGUGAAUCUGGAGAAAAUAUGAUUUGUUUCGGAAUAUUGAAAAGUCGAUAAAAUGCAAUUCGCUGCUGAAAACAUCGUGAAAAAUGCGUGCGUUUGGGGUUGAUUCGGAAGGUACAUGUCUGCAGUGUCAGAUUAGUUUUCAAUGUUCUCCACGGACUACAAAAAAGGCUGUUGACACACGAAUUUUGUGCAGAUGGAACGACGGAGCAUCGUUGGAAGAGUCGAUCGUCUCGUGGACCUGCUCACUUCUCGUCCAUCCCGGAGCCAUUAUUUCGAUGCUCUGCCUGCUGCCGAGCAUUUCGGCCGGAAGCGAGAGCCCUGAAGGUGAGCUCGACUUUUUUGCCGAUUUUUUUCAGUGACGAUUUCCAAUGCACACCAAAAGCAAAAGAACUUUUUUGAAUCGACAAUUUGAAAAAUAUUUGAAACAUGCACCAAAUUGUGUUAUUUUUUUUUUGUAAUCGUACUUUAAAUUUCAGCAAUGAAAUGGACAGUGUCGGCCCAAUUUUACGUGUCCCAAUUGCUGAAAGCGAUCCUAAAAUCGGAGCGGAACCAGCAGAUCAUGUGCCAAGUGGACAUGCCGAAACAUUUGCUCCGAAUCGCCGGAAAAUUGUUUUUGGCCGAAAGCCACGUGCUCCUCCAGCCGUUCUACUAUUUGCUGGAACGUCUCAGCUAUCAAUCGCUGACGCCCAACCAGCUGAGGUUCGAUGUUUGUUCGAGUUGUCAUUGUCCUGAGAAAAAUUGGAUUUCGCUUACAUGCUCCGCUGAUUUUCUCUUCUCGAUGUCCUCUAGUCUUUUCAGCGGUUUUCCGUCGAUUAUCCAUCCAAAAAAAGAAAUUCUCAAUUGUCUAAAAACCAUAUUUUGUCCGUAUUUGCAGAAGUUUUCUGCGUCUGGACAGUCCGUUGUGUUGCCGAAGUCUGGACGACGAUGAUGACGAGCCGGAAGUGACGACGAACUCGUUGAGCAGCGAAGGAGGACCAGUACCACUUCAGAGGUCCUUUUUUAACAAAAAAUGCAUGAUUUCAAGAACAAAAUUUGCAGAGUAAAAGCGCUCGUCUCGAUGAUGACUCCACGCGAUCAGUACAUUGGCACGGCGCCGAGUUUCGUCGAAUUCGACAUGUCCGCCGAGGGAUUCGCCGCGCUCUAUCUUCCCUCGUUGGCGCCCAUGUUCUCCACCACCAAGACUGGUGCGUUUGCAGGCCUGCUUGCUAUCAUCCGAUCAGGUCCAGACUUUGCAGACUUCUUGCACUUGGCUUAAAGUAGAAUGGGACCAAGUUUCAGACCGAUCGGAUCAUCCGGUCCCGAGAUGUACUGGCUUCUCUCGGGACCAGGUGAUCCGAUCGGACUGAAACUCGGGCCCAAUAUACUUCAAUCCAAGUCCAAGAAGUCUGCAAAGUCUACACCCGAUCGGAUUAUUGAUUGUUGCAAAUGGGUCAAAAGUGCAGGCCUCAGGAAAAUGCUUACAGAACGAAUAUUUCCGCCGCUGAACGGCUUCUCGUUCUGCACGUGGAUCUACCUCGACGCGCUGUCGGAUAAAAAAGCGGACGCGCAUCCGAUUCGGCUGCUUACCGUAACCCGCGCGGUCGCGCCGAUCGGCGGCGACCACCACCACAAAAAGACGCUUCAUUUGGCGUGUUUUCAAGUGCAAUUUUCGGCCUUUGAUCGCAGUCUACUAAUUUCCACCGAGGAAAGCGAUCAGCCGGGCGCGGAUCUCGAGAAAAUUGCCAAUUUUCAAACGGAUAAGGUGGGUGGUUUAGAAAAAAUAAAUUUAUUGUUUCAAUUUUUCAGCUUAUUCGCAUCACGUUGGCCGAUCAGAUCCGUUGCGGAGAAUGGUUCCAUUUGGCCAUCAUUUUCAAUCGAUCCGUUCUAAAAUCGUCGCAGGUAAUUUAAACUUUUUUCGAUGUUUCAAAGUAUUCCCAAAAAGACAAAAAAGAGUCCUAGACAUUGUCCUAAACAUUAUCGUAGAAAACCUCGCAUUUUCAGGUGUCUGUCUACCUGAACGGCCGUCACAUUUCAAGCCAAAAACUGAUGUACGUGGCGCAGAACGCGGGCGGCGCGGCCACGCAACUCGCACAGACGUAUUCGGUGAACGCGGCCGUCGGAACCCUUCCCGCACUGAGAAGACCCAGCAGAUUACGGUAGGCGUUUUGGAAAACGUAAUGUUUCACACGCUGCCCACAAAAUCAGUCCGUUUUGGACGAUCGCGGGCGUAGGAGAACUAUUCGGGACCGGGAAAAACCAAAAACCUAUUUUGAAAUUAAAGUCUGCCUAAAAAUGUGAAAAAAGACUAGCUUUAUUGCCCAAUUGUUGAACAUUUCAGCUUCCGUCUCGCCUCGAUAUUCUUGGCGGAAGAGCCGAUGACAGUGGAAACGGUGCGGGCGGUGGUCCAGCUGCAACCGCAUUAUAUUGGCAACUUCCAGACGGCCAGUCCCGAACGGACCGCCCUGGUUCACGAGGAGAAAGUAAGCGAUUUUAGGCGAAAAAAUGGCGAUUCUCAACAUGUGAAUUUCGGUUUCAAAACAUUUCCAAAACUGCACGUUUUAUUCGACUAUUGAAUCAUCGAUGCGAAGAUUCGAAGAACACACACUGACAAUGACCAAUUUUCAGAUUGUCUUCUCGUUGUCCGCCGCCGCGACACAAGAACUGACGCUGGCGAAAAUCCGUGCAAUGUACGGAAAAAUGGACUCGGAAAUAUUGUCGCAACACGUGCGUUUUUACGCGAGAUGCAAAAACCCCAAUUUUGAACGCUUUUUUGCAGCUGGGAAUCUCGGCCAACGACCACAGUACGCCGCUGCGAGUGCUCUGCAACACGAUAUCGCACGCGCCGGGCGCCGGACGCACUUUUGGCGGCGUCGUCGUCGGCUAUUUGGGAAUGCGGACGUUCACGCCCCGUCCGGUGCCCUCGCUGUUGGACUCGAUCGGCGGAUUCGCCUCUGUUUACGGUCGGUCAUCGGGUCCACACUUUGCAGGCUUUUUGGCCUUGGAUUUAAGUAUUGGGGGUUCGAGUUUCAGACCUAGAGAUGCUUCCGUUGAUUUCUCACGCUCACCACGCGGACAGAUAAUCGGAACGAUCUGAAACUUGGCCCCCCAAUACUUCAAACCAUAGUUGCCACGGGCCGGGCCGGGCCGGGCCGGGCCGGGCCGAAAUUUCAAAACUCCGGCCCGGCCCGGCCCUGUCGGCCCGGCCCGGCCCGGCCCGACCCGGCCCGGCCCGGUCGGCCCGGUUCAAAAAGCGGGAAUUCAAAAUUUGAAUUAUUGAUCGCAUGAAGCCAUUUUUUGUAGAAUUAGGGGUUUUUUGCAAGCAUCGAACAUUGAAAAACAAAUGUAUUUCUCAUAAAAAAUUCAUAAUAGCAAAAAAACAAAGAAGAAACACUAAAACUUUAGUUCGAAAAUUUUUUUUGUAAUAACGAAAAAAAAAUUUCCGCGAAAAUUUGAAUUCCCGCCUUUUGAACCGGGCCGACCGGGCCGGGCCGGGCCGGCACUUCACCGACCCUGGCCCGGCCCGGGCCGGCACUUUACCGGCCCGGCCCGGCCCGGCCCGGGCCGACCCGGGCCGGCCCGCAUGGCCGGCCCGAAAUCUGGCAAGUCUGCUUCAAACUGUGUGCAGAAAGCGCCUACCAACGAUUCAACGUUUAGGCCUGAUCGCGAUGGCGGUCGACUCGGAGGGCCUGUACGCGUCGCUGAAAUCGCUCGUCUCGGCGAUCCGCUCGAAUCCGCGACUGCUCGCCACGUGGAACAACAACCGGUCCUACCAGAUCCUCGCGGUUUUGCUGGAGGACAAGGCGAAAAUGCUGAAUUCGCACAUAAUGCACAUGGUGUUCAACGUGACCGGCACCGCCGACACUUCGCGCGAACACCCGCCGACCAUCGCGAAUCCGUCGGCGUUCGAGGAUCUACUCUGCGAUCUGAAAGUGUGGAGGGCGGCGCCGAGCGAGCUGCAUCGCAUGCUCUUGGAGCACUUCUACGAGCUCAUCACCGACCACCAACUGUCGAAUUUGCAAGUGGUCCGUCGUUCGUCUCUGCUCUCGCGCCUCCUUCUGACCGUCUUCGAUGAGCCGUCAAUGGUGCGGAACACCGACGAAAUCGUGUUCAAUCUCAUCUCCGCGAUCAUCCAACCGCAAUGCGACAGCCGCAGUAUUCUCAAAAUUGGACAGAUCAUUGCGGCGACGUUGCCGACGAGCGAAGGCGAAUGUUUCGAAGACUCUCGCCUGCCGUUCCACAUUUCCGAGAUCCAGAAGCUGUUCUCGGAUGCUCCGGAGGACUUUUCCUCGUCGGAAUGCCUUCACCACGUCUACAUCCGCAACCGUCUUCUGAAUAUAAUCGCCAAUUUCCUCUCGAAUUCCUCGCCGCCGCUGCAGCAGCAAAUGUGCGAGCAACUCGUCCGAGUGCUCGGUUUCGACUGGCUUUUCGCCCUAAUGAGCCCCGGGGUCCAUGCGGGCACCAUUUAUUUAGCGCUACGGAUCCUUCUCCUGAUCCUAAACCAUUCGACGCUCCUUCAAAAGUUCAAAGAAGGCAGCUCGAACGGCGGAUGGCUCUCCGAGGCGGAUUCGGUCGUCCGCAACCGCGCCGCCGUCGUCUUGGGCUUUUCGGUGUCGGCGCACGGCGGAGCGGUCGGCUCGAAGAUCGACAUCAACCCGGAAAUGUCCAAUUGUGGCGGGUUCGCCGCACUCGAACAUCUCAUGGCCGCACACGCCGACAAACCGUACCCCUACUAUGCCAUGCUGUCCAUUCUCGUUGGUGCGUUCUUUUUCUCCCCCUUUUUUUGAAGAAAUCUCUACAAUUUUUAGGCCAACCCGUCGCAAACCUGCGUUUCUGCGACCAAUUCAACAUGGAGCUCGUGUGGACGCACGUCUUCGGCCUCAGCUCGACGAGCUCCGUCUUCGACGCGAUCAACUCGGCCAACUUCUGUUUCGACGCCCUAAUUCCGUUGUUCUCAAUGAUCCGCACCUCGAUUUACCAUCAGGCGCCGCCCGGCGGAUGGACAAUCUCGAAUCCGUCGACCGUCGUCCAAAUGAUCACUUUUAUGUACCAGAACUCGCCGCUCUUCUUCAACAUCGCGCACUCGGACGAGUUUGUGCUCGCCCUGUUCUCGUCGUUGAUCGAAGAGACGAACGCGAUGGGCGCGCGGUCCGAAGUGGCCGGACGGAGGAGUCAGGAGGGCGGAUCACCCGAUGCAGACUAUUUUCAGGCUUGUACGUAUACACAUUUAUUCCAUUUUUUUUUCAACCUAAAAUUGUUGCAGUCUUGGCACAACAAAACGUGCGUAUGGUGAUGGAUUUGCUCAAAAAGAUAUUGUGCGACAAUUUGCAAGUGAACACGUCGAAGAACGACACAAUUGUCGAUGUGAUUCUGGAUGUGAGCUUUUGAAGAGCAUACAAUUUUAACGAAGCCUUGUUUAAAUGCUCAGUUGCAAACGGGCCGGCUGAUUGUUCGCUUCAAAGUCAAAGUUGUGAAUAGAACGGCAUGUCAGAUUGUAGAUCUCGAUAAGGUCUACAAAUGCGACACCAGGCGGGCCCAAAAAUUGGCAAAGAACGCAUUCUAGUUCGGCCCGCAUGUUGUCACGUUUGUAGAACUCAUCGAGAUCUGCAAUCUGACAUGUCGUUCUACUCACAACUUUGAUUUUGAAGCGAGCUCUCAGCCGGCCCGUUUGCAAGUAUGAUUUUUCUUGCCGCUGUCAAAAAUGCACUUGAAAAAAUCGCCCAAUUUCCCUGAAAGCACUAAUUCAGUCUGAUUUUGCAGAACAUGUCGGAGAGCGGAAUGACGCGUAAAACCCAGGUCGCGUGCCUCAGUGCCCUUCUCCAUUCGGUACUCGAACACGUGGUCGGAACGGACCUGCUCGCCUCGUCGGCCCUUCCGCCGAACACGCCGGCGCAGUCUCUGCCCCAAACCGUCGCCAACAUCACACUUCUCGCUUCGCGAUCGGUCGACGCGUUCUGGAAUGGCCUCGUGGCGGGCGGCGAAUCGAUGCGAAUGCUCUCCACCUUGUACCAUUUACAAGUGAUUUCGGCGAAGAAACGCGUGGCGAACGGCGAGCCGAUCACCGCGUGCAUCAUGCGAAUGACGCUCUUCAUUCUCAGCCGACCCAUCGAUUCGGUGCCGGUGCAGUUGUCGGUGCUCGACGCGCUCAGCUCGUUGGUCUCGAAACGCUAUCUGUUUUUGGCGAGCAACGAAGCGUGGUUCUUCGCCUCGCUCACACAUUUGAUAUUCAUGCUGUCCGUCACGCCCGACAUUCUUUAUCAGGUUCGAGUUUCGGUGGAAAACUGGAGAAAACGUACAGCUUUCGUUGCUCGAGCUGUGAAAACGAUUGAAAGAGCGUUGUUUGUUCCAAAACUACACGUUUUACGGUUUCACGAAAACAUAGCUUAUUGUUCUCUCGCAUACGACGUUCCACAAUUACACACGUUAGGGGUUCAAUUGAAAACCAACGUUUUUUUCUCUUGCAGGACACCUCGUCGGACCUGGACCGUACUUCGGCACAGGUGGCGAUGUGCGCGUGCCGUGUCUGGUCGGAUGUGAUUUGUGCGAAACAGGCGCUCGUCGAGGAGACGCUCAAAAAAGCGGUGACGGUGACGGAGAUCAACGCGGCGCGCGCACUGCUGGCGCACGCCGCCGGCGUCUACUGGCAGCAAUUUGUCGACUCUCAGCUGCGGACCGGACAGACGGGCGGAAUGGCGACGAGCAUCACCGCCGGCGCCGCCACCGCCAAGGACAUCAUUCAGCAGCAGAUCAGCUCGGUACGCUUUUUUCGGUUAAAAUUCGAGCAUCUCAAUACUAAUACGGCGCGGUGAAUGAACAUUUACCCGUAUUGAUUAUUUUUCAGAAAAUCAACCGCGUCGCGUCGGGAAUCACUCGUUUCGCGGCGAAACGCUCGAUGAGCACGACGAGCGCGGCGGGCGGCAGCGGCAGCGGCGGGCCGGGCAGUGUGUCGCCGUGGAAGAACAGCUCGACCGACAAACAGGUCAUUUUCGUGUGGCUCCGCGUGCACGUCAGCCUCAUUAAGGAACUCGUCAGGGCGCAGAGCACCAGGUAUUCCUUGCGUCCGUUUCUUAAAUGCUACCAUUGUACCAUCCCAGAUACACGGAAUGGCACGCGCACGUCCGAAAAUGGUGUCUGCACGAUUGGCACCAAUGGGAGGCCGAACUGACGCGAGAACGUGGCAUUUGGGGACCGGAGCGCGCGUCGAAACUGGAAAAGUUCAAGUUGGAUCUGACGGAGGGACCGACGAGCCGAAUGCGCCGCAAAUUGAUUCCGAAUCGCGAUUUCUACCACAUUUAUCCGUACCGCCCGCAUUUGGACGCGCCCGCGGCGAAGGCUCAACGCGCCAAAGUCGCCGUCUCGCUGGACUCGAAACCGUACUACGAAGCAUGUCUGCGGCAUCGGAAACGGACCCUCGACACCCGGAUCAUCGACUCGUCCGUAUCGAUUACGUCGCCGUCGGACGACGCUUCCAGCUCGAAUCUACUCGGAUACUCGUUCACCGAUUUGUCGCGUAGGUUUUGAUUUUCGUUUGGGGAUUUCUCGCUGCCGAUUAUCGACGAAAUAGAUCAAUCUCAAUUGCAAAACAAUAAAUUGUUGGUGUAAAAGUUGCAGAGAUCAACUCGUCGCUGAUUCGCCGAUUGUCGACCACCUCGUCGGCGCCGCCCCUUUCUUCCUCGUCACACGACAAAACGAGCAUCGAGCUGAACGAGGAGGAAUUGGAAGAACGGAAGGACGACGACGAGUCCUCUUCCAUUUCCGAGAAAACGACCGAGAAUGGGGUGCAGAAGGAACCGUCGCCCGCCUCUUCUUCCGGUAACUAACUUUUUUUGAUUGAGAAAAUUGAUUUCUGGCCCCUCGGUAUCUUAAAAGGUUGAAAAUACUUUGUUUCAGAAGCCACUAGCACUGCAGCAACAACGACAACGACAUCGGCGCGGAAAGAGGAGAAGAAGGAGGAGAAAAAGGCGGGACCGGACAAUCAAACGCUUUUGCGGCUUCUCGAGCAGGGCGAACAACUGCACUCGAUGUUCCGCUGCGCCCGCAUUCAGGGUCUCGAGACGGCCGAAGGACUGCUCCUCUUCGGCAGAGACCAUUUCUAUGUGGUCGACGGAUUCACGUUGCUCAAGACGAAAGAGAUUCGCGAUUUGGACUUUUUGAGUCAGGAAAUGCACGAUCCGAUUGUACCGUAUCCGGCCACCGGCGCCACGCAACCGCCCAAAUCGUCGAGACUGUGCUCGAAAUUCAGCUAUAACAUGAUACGCGAGGUUCAUAAAAGGAGGUACGCGCGUUUCACUUUUUUUGAUUAACUAACAAAGAAUAAGCAUAACCUAUUGACGGCACUCGAGAAAAAUGCCAGCACUAAAUCAGUGUUUUUUCGCUGAAACUGAAAACAUUUUUUAAUUUAAUUUCAGAUAUCUACUCCAACCGAUCGCUCUGGAAGUGUUCAGUUCGGACGGCCGCAACUAUUUGCUAGCGUUUCCCAAAAAGAUUCGCGAUCGCGUCUUCGAUAAGUGAGUUUGUUUUUUCUGUUCUUUUCGUCAACUGCAGACUUGCUUAGUUCUACGACUUGGAUCGACAUAACCUGAACAAUUUGCAGACUGACCUCGAUGGCGAUCAACCUUUCGUCGGGCGGCUCCGACUCGCUCGGCGGUCAAAAAGCGAACGUGGCGAUCGAGACGACGGGCCGCGGCGCGUCGCUUCUCUCCUCACUCAUCGGCCAGCAAUCGGUCACUCAACGCUGGCUCAACGGCUCCAUCUCGAACUUCCAGUACCUGAUGCACCUGAACACGCUGGCCGGCCGCUGCUACAACGAUCUUUCGCAAUACCCGAUAUUUCCGUGGGUGCUCGCCGACUACACCUCGCCACAAUUGGACUUCACCAACAUUCAAACGUUCCGCGACUUUUCGAAACCUAUGGGCGCACAGAAUCCCGAUCGAUUGGAGCAGUUUCUGAAGCGAUUCAGAGAGUGGGACGAUCCGUCCGGAGAAACGCCGCCGUACAUGUACGGAACACACUACUCGUCGGCCAUGAUCGUAGUUUCGUAUUUGGUCCGACUCGAACCGUUCACCCAGCAGUUUUUGUCGCUGCAAGGCGGUCAUUUCGACCUCGCCGACCGCAUGUUUCACAGUGUGGGCGACGCGUGGACGUCGGCCUCGCGGAACAACAUGGCCGACGUCAAGGAGCUCAUUCCCGAGUUCUUCACACUGCCCGAAAUGUUCGAGAACACGAAUCGAUUCGAUUUGGGCGUAAAACAGAACGGAAUCGCUGUCGACAAUGUGGUUUUGCCGGCGUGGUGUCACGGGGAUCCGCGAGAGUUUGUGCGACUUCAUCGGCAAGCGCUGGAAAGUGACUAUGUGUCGUCGCACCUGCACGAAUGGAUCGAUCUGAUAUUUGGGUACAAGCAGAAUGGCGAGGAGGCGGUUAAGGUGAGCGUUUCAAUGAUUCGAACUGAUUUUGAGAAAAAUGGCCGGCUACAACAACGUUUGGUGCUCUUUGCAGAACAACAAUCUCUUCCACCACCUAUUCUACGAAGGAUCGGUGGAUUUCGAGCGAAUCGACGAUCCGCUCACCCGAAAUGCGACAAUCGGAUUCGUGAACAACUUCGGUCAAAUUCCGACGCAAUUGUUCAAGAAGCCGCAUCCGCAGAAGAAGGUCAACAUUCUCGAGGGCUUCUCGAACACUUCGGGCGUCACGACGACGCGCCUCUUCUACCACGCCAUCCACAAUAUGACGCCGCCGCAGACGCCGUUCAAGGAGCUCCGAUCGGCGGUCGGCAGCAUACAUCAGAACGAGAAGAUCGGCGUGGUCGCGUUGGAACAGAACAAGGUUUGAAGGAGGGCAAAUUUGUAAUAGUUUCGGACAAAUCAUGUUGCCAUUUUUUUGAACGCAUUCGUCGAAGUGUGUGCAGAUUUGUGAUGGCUCAGAUAAAAAACUCUUCGAAAAUCCUAGGUGUUCAUCGGAACGAAUCGCUACAUCACGUGGGGACUGCCCGAUCGGAGUGUCCGAAUGGGACAGAUCGACACGGACAAAUCGGCGUGCAUUCACGAGAUGUGCGAAGUGGACGAGAUGACGUGCGCGGCGGCCGGCGACGAGACGACGCUCUUCUGCGGAAACACCUCCGGCUGCAUCACGUACGUCGGUGUGGAACACAAAAACUGAUACACUGAAUAACCCCAUAGAUGCUUUCAUGCCUAUAACGUGAAAUCUAGGUACUAUACAGGCGGUUGCGAAACGGCGAAUUGCGAAAAGGAAGAGAGCCUAUAUUUCUAGGCCCUGUUUCUAAAAAAAAACACUGAACCUUUAGUGCUUUAAGCGGAAAAUUUCAACAUUUUCAGUGUCUGGAAGCUCAACUCGAAGCCGCUUUCGAUGAAGAAGCUCUCGGUGCUGAACGGUCACUCGGACUCGAUCACCUGUCUCGUCUCCUCUCAAUCGCACGCAGUCCUGGUCUCCGCCUCGCGGGACCUGACCGUCCUCGUGUGGCACCUCUCGGAAAUGUUCCUCAUCCGACAACUGCCGAAGCACCCGCACGCGGUGCUCGCCGUGGCCGUAAACGACGCGACGGGCGACAUUGCGACCGCCUGCGCCACGCUUUUACACGUCUGGACCCUCAACGGAUCGUUGUUGGCCGUGCUGAACACGAGCGAUUCGGCGCCCGCUAUCGAUCCGCAGCAGAUGAUCAUCUCGUUGGCGUUUUCUACGGUAUGUGGGGGGAAUGUUCUUUGGAAAUGUCUUCGAAAUGUUUGCAGAUGAACGAAUGGGACAACGACAACGUGAUCAUGUGCGGCACUUCGGACGGAGUCGUCAAAAUCUACUCGUGCGUCGUUUUCGAGAACGACGGCUCGGUCCAAGAGGGACCACAUCUCGAGAACCCGGACUGCUCGUUUUCCGCCGACAAAAGCUCGUCGACAAUCGCGGCUCGUCUCGAAAAGCAACGGAAACGGCUGAAAAGCUCGGCGACGGCGACCUCGUCGAGCGGAUCUCAAUCGGUGACGUCAUCGGGCCCGGCGAGUCCGUGCGCCAAUCCGAAGACGAUCCGAGCCGACGAGCAGGAGGGGAACACGGAAAAGUUUGUGCGAGUUCUGGUGCAACGGACCGCCCUGACUAUGCACACGGCCUUCAACCGGCCCGACAACGUUCAUCCGGCACCCAUCACGGCUAUCGCGCCCAGCAGGUGAGGCGGUUUGCUUAAACUUGAAUUUUUCCCAAUAUAUCUUUGUCGGUGUAUACUUUUCCCGAGCAUGUCGAAAUGGCAUAGUCUCUCUAUAUAUAUUUUCUGUUUCAAAAAAACAUGUGCUUGAUUAAGUUUGUUAGAAAAUUAUUUGUUGUACUUAGCAGGCUUUGCUGAAUCGAGACGAAUAGUCAAACAAGGAAACGUAGUGUCACCUGAUUUUAUACGAAUUUAUUGAGUGUCGACUUCAAAGUGCUCUAGCUCAUUUUGCAGUUUGUUAAAGCGCUUUUAAAUAAAGCGAUCCCUUCUAAUACAGUAUACACGUUUCCGAUCUUUUCCGACUAUUUUGCAAUGUUUGACAGUUCGUUGUUUCGUUUCACAGCGUAUAGCAGAGUUGAGCGGAUGAACUCAACGGAAGAACACGGAAGAAUUUUUAUCUUUUUUAGAAAAUUUUUUCAUGGAAUGUGAUCAACUGACGAAAUGUAGAGCAAAGUGAACUCUGCUCAUAGAAAAAUAAUUGUAAAUUUAGCUUUUCAUACAAAAAAGUUAUUCGAGUUGUUCCGUGAAAAAAAGGGGCUAACGGAACAACUCGAAUAACUUUUUUUGUAUGAAAAGUUAAAUUUACAAUUAUUUUUUUAUGAGCAGAGUUCACUUUGCUAUACAUUUCGUCAGUUGAUCACAUUCCAUGAAAAAAUUUUCAAAAAAAGAUAAAAAUUCUUCCGUGUUCUUCCGUUGAGUUCUUCCGCUCAACUCUGGCAUAUAGCCGUCAUUUACGAGUUAUCCUCAACAUUUUCUCUCCCCGAACUCGUUUAUCAUAUAUAUAUGUUUUGCAGAGACCACCGUUCGCUGUACAUUGGCGACGGCAUUGGCCGAGUGUGGAAUUGGCAGAGCGGCGAGGGCGGCGGACGGGCGGAUCACUGGGUGCAGGACGUGAUGCGGCAGCGGUGCGACGACUGCGAGCACAAAUUCACACUGGCCGACCGCAAGCACCACUGCCGCAAUUGCGGACAAAUUUUCUGCUCCACGUGCGUUUUUCAGCAAGAAGAAAUCAAACUGGAGAACGCGAAUUAGAUUAGAAACGAUUUGCCUGAAACAAAAAACAUUUAAAAAAAAACGAUAAUUUUCAGAUGCUCCCGUUUCGAGUCGCACAUCACCCGAAUGAACAUUUCGCGUCCGGUCCGAGUCUGCCGAAAAUGUUUCCUGCGACUACAACAAUCUUGCUGA